CUGGGGUGGGAGGGAGGCAUGGCAGAACCAGGAGUAAGGAGGCAGCCAUAUGUCCCGGGCCAUUUAUGAUUAUAGGUCCUGCCUGGUUGAACCUGGGCUGCUGGUGAGCUGAGGAGAGGUGCUUCCAAGGUUAGCCUGGGAUGGUGGCCAAGUAGAUGCCUAAGACGCUCAGCCUCGGGGAUUUGGGACCCGCCAGCCCUGGGCUCCUGCCAGCCCAGGCCCUGCCUCACUCCGGAGAGGUGGGGGUGCGGAGAUUAACCAGAGAGGCUAAUGUUUCUUCCUACCCCCACCAAAAGGCAGAGUUGGGGAGUUUGAGCCCACACCGAAACCAGAACCCACCGCCUCCGGCCUUCCCAGAGAGAGCUGCCCGUGGGGAUCCCUCUCAGAGAUUAGUCUUCACUAGGAGACAGCGCUCCCCGCGGCGCCGGGGCGGAGCUGAGCUCCAGAUGUCCAGGCGCGCACAGCUGGAGGGUCACGUGGCAGCGGCCCCGGUCCCCCCCCCCUUCCUGCCAACGCUGCAUUUGGCCCAAGCCCCGUCCAUGGCUGCCCUUGGGACCCUGCGCUGAGCCCCGGAGGCCCUGGCGUCCGGGGCUGCGCCGCUCCCAAGGGACAAGCGUGAGUGUCGGGAUCCCAAGGACCGACGUGGGGGCGCGGGCGCCAGCCACGCGGACAUGAGGCGGAGGCUGCGCCUCCGCGGCGACGCGUCGCUCACGCUGCUCCUCGGCGCCGCCCUCGGCCUCCUUCUCUACGCACAGCGCGAGGGCGCGGCCCCGACGACAAGCGCCCCGCGAACGCAAGGGAAGGCAGCGCCAGGGCCCACUCCGGGACUCCGCGUCUUCCAGGCGCCGGACGCAGGCGCAGCCCCGGCCCCGGCCCCGCUGGCCUAUGAAGGGGACACACCGGCGCCGCCCACACCCACGGGGCCCUUUGACUUUGGCCGCUACCUGCGCGCCAAGGACCAGCGGCGCUUCCCCCUGCUCAUUAAUCAGCCGCACAAGUGCCGAGGAGAUGGCGCACCUGAAGGUGGACCCGACUUGCUCAUCGCCGUCAAGUCAGUGGCGGCGGACUUCGAGCGGCGCCAAGCCGUGCGCCAGACGUGGGGUGCUGAGGGUCGCGUGCAGGGGGCGCUCGUGCGCCGCGUGUUCUUGCUGGGCGUGCCCAGGGGCGCGGGUACAGACGGGGCAGACGCGGAGGGGGAGGGCACGCGAACCCACUGGCCUGCCCUGCUGCGUGCUGAGAGCCGCACGUACGCGGACAUCCUGCUCUGGGCUUUCGACGACACUUUCUUCAACCUAACGCUCAAGGAGAUCCACUUUCUCGCCUGGGCCUCGGCCUACUGCCCCGACGUGCGCUUCGUUUUUAAGGGCGAUGCAGACGUGUUCGUGCACGUGGGGAACCUGCUGGAGUUCCUGGGGCCGCGGGACCCGGCGCAGGACCUGCUUGCGGGCGAUGUGAUCGUGCAGGCUCGGCCAAUCCGUGCGCGGACCAGUAAAUACUACAUCCCUGAGGCGGUGUACGGCCUGCCCGCCUACCCGGCCUAUGCAGGUGGUGGUGGCUUUGUGCUUUCGGGGGUCACGCUGCGUCGCCUAGCUGGCGCCUGCGCGCAAGUUGAGCUUUUCCCCAUUGACGACGUCUUUCUGGGCAUGUGUCUACAGCGCCUUCGGCUCACACCCGAGCCCCACCCUGCUUUCCGCACCUUUGGCAUCCCCCGGCCGUCAGCGGCGCCGCACCUGCGCACCUUUGACCCCUGCUUUUACCGGGAGCUGGUUGUAGUACACGGGCUCUCGGCCGCCGACAUCUGGCUCAUGUGGCGCCUACUGAAUGGGCCCCAAGGGCUAGCCUGUGCCCGUCCGUGGCCUGUCGCUGCUGGCUCUUUCCAGUGGGGCCCCUAGCCACCUUCAUGGCCCCAAGCUCCCCUCACUCAGACCCAGGAUGAUUAUCGCCGUGUAUGUAGUUCUUUCCCAGAGACGGAAGAUUUCAAAAAUCUAGCCCAUAUCACCAGAAGUCGGCCUCCACAGGUCCCCAGGGAAUUAAGACUGAACUUGGCUCCUGCUGGCCUACCUUGUUCGGAGCUGAUCCAGAACCACCUGGAUGGUAGCCCUUUGAGACAGCCAGGGCUGAGGCCUUAGAGCACCAGGCUCUGCCAAACAGGUAGACAUGUUUGGCCCUCCUACUACCAAGUAGGUUUUUGGGGGUUGGGGAUGGGUGGUCGCAGAGGCUCAUGGAAUCUGACCAUACUCCUUGAUUUGGAAGUCCUAGAGUGAUGCAAAUGCAGGUCUCUCCCAAGGCUGGAGGAGGUGUGGGGUCCUGGAACUGGCAGGCACUUUGUUACAACUCAAUCUGAAGUUAGGCAUUUUGCUUCCCACCUGCCCAUCCAAAUUGGAUUUUCAGCCCUGUACUGAUCUUUAGAUCUUCUUCUGAGGUCUCCUUCCCGAAACCAACCCCUCCUGGGCCCUGGUCUGGCUGCAACACCAGGGAUGGAGGCACACAGGGACAAACAAGUGCAUGGUCUUACCUAGAGUCUUUCCUCACCACAUAAGAAUUUACACACACACAACAAUGCCAGUCUCCUACUAGAGGCUGUGCUGCCCCACUCAGAAGAGCCAAGAACCUAAGAUGACUCCACCAUAAAAUUUCCCAUAUCUUUCACCCACUUUCUUAAAAAUCAACACCUCCAUGCUUAUUUUAGCACAAACAUCCCAGCAACAGCACAUGGUGAGCAGCUGCUGAGGGCAUAGGUCUUUAUUGGAGGGGUAUGGGCAGGGCAUGAAGAACGUGGGGAUAGUCCUGGCUGCCCCUACAGGGGGAUGUGUGGGGGGGGGGUCUCUGGCCAGGCCACAGUCCAAAUGGGAAGACACCAGUCAGUCACAAAAUUAUGGGAACGCCACAUAAGCCUGGCUAUAAGCCCAGGAACCACCUAGGAGCCUAGGGCAGGUCCCCUGCACAUUCAUUGUUAAACUCUACAGGAUGAGGCUGUACAUGAGUUAAUUACAAAAGAGUCAUAUUUACAAAAAUCUGUACACACAUUUGAAAAACUCACAAAAUUGUCAUCUAUGUAUCACAAGUUGCUAGACCAAAAUAUUAAAAAUGGGAUAAAAUUA